AUGGCCGGAUCUUACGCGAAGAAAGGGGCCACGCCUUCCAAGGGAUCUUCUGGCACAAGACAAUCCUCCGUAAAGCGCAAUUCGAGCAUCUUGAGUUUCUUCCAGAAGACCGACACGCCGCCGGGUGCCACUUCUCGCCAGGCUCGGAUCACCCAAUUUGUAACAGCAACUUCACGCUCACCGAGCAGCGGCCGGGGUGCUUCAACAAUCCGGGGGAAUAGUGCAAGAAAUGAUCCUUCUGGUGGGCUUUUUUUAGAGGAUAAAAAGGGACUGGCAAAGAUUGAACAAGCAGCGGUGACGAGUGAAAGAGAGCGAUCGACCACGCCUGACUUUUGGGGUGAAGAUAAAGAGUUCUUGAAAGCGGAUGACAAGCGAUAUAAUGAGAGCGACACGGCAGUCAAGCGUCGGAAAGUCGACUCACCGGAUACUCCAGUGAACGAGACACAGCAAUCAGACGAAUCGAAGACUACAAAAGCAACCGCACCUGCAUCAGCAACUACAAAGCCCCAGAAGAGGAGCGGACCAUUUAUCGAUGAGUCCGACAGCGAGGAGGAUAUGGAAGCCUAUCGGGAGCUCCAAGAAACUACAACUGUCACGACGACUGUGACGAACGAAGUAUUGCAACCGGAUAAAAUAGUGGCUACACAACGCACUUCCGAACCUAUACCCCCGCCACUGGUAAGAGCCGCCACGAGUAAUGCCGAUAAUGAUGAAUUCGCGAAUUUUGACGAUAUAGAAGAAGAAGACGGGCUUAUAGGCGAAGAAUUUCGAAAUUGGCCUUGGGAGGGCGAGGAACAAGAGCAGAUCGACCUUGAGGUAGAUCCUGACAAAGAUCUAAAGGACUGUUCUGGUGUAGAAGAUAUUGAGGGGGAAGUGAGCACAUGCCCUAUCUGUCAAAUGGUGCUAAAGGAUCUUGAAGAAUGGGAAAUUGGAGUGCAUGUCAACGGCUGCCUUGAUGGCCAAGCAAACCCUAUCCCGGCUCCACCGGCCCCUAAGCCUAGGGCGAAGCCUACUUCCAACCCAGGCGACAUCGACAAAGGGAUGACACGCGCAGAACGCGCUGCCAUUGCCCGGCCUGCGCAAAGUGAUCCCUACUCGCAGAAGAAAGCCAUUGGUGGUUCCGCAUUCUCGAAAAUGAUGGCUGGAAAUGCAGAAGAUACUGCUUGGGCUGCUGCAGCCGCAAACGAAGUGUCUUCUCGCGGCAAACAAGCCUAUCAACGGACUUGUCCAUUUUACAAAAUUCUUUCGGGGUUUUCCAUAUGCGUUGAUGCCUUCCGCUACGGAGCCGUCGAAGGAUGUAACGCCUACUUCCUCAGUCAUUUUCACAGCGAUCACUACAUAGGACUCAACAAGUCUUGGUGCCAUGGGCCCAUUUACUGCAGUCGACCCACUGCCAAUCUUGUCCGACAGCAGCUCCGCGUUGAUCCCAAGUGGAUAGUUGACCUCGAGUUCGAAUCUACUACUGAAGUACCGGAGACAGGCGGAGUACGGGUCACCAUGAUACAUGCAAAUCAUUGCCCGGGUAGCUCACUUUUUCUUUUCGAACAAACCUCUGGGAAUGGGCCCAAUGCGCAUAAUCAGCGGGUGCUGCAUUGUGGUGACUUCCGUGCAUCUCCUGCUCAGGUGCAACAUCCGCUCCUGCGCCCUAAUGUGACCAACCCGGUCACUGGUAAGUCGAGACAACAACACAUCGACAAAUGUUACCUCGACACUACAUACCUAAACCCAAAAUAUGGCUUUCCUGCGCAGGAAGAUGUGAUCACAGCGUGUUCAGAGCUAUGUGUACGCCUGAAUCAGGAGGCUGGUGUCGGACAUGAUACAGGGAAGAGUAGCACAGAUGGUUUGAUGAGCAAAUUCCUCUCCGCUGCCACGGGGAACAACAAAGCACCGGACAAAGGCUCGCAGGUUGGAGGUCGACUACUCGUAGUGAUUGGCACUUACAGCAUUGGCAAAGAACGGAUAUGCAUGGGAAUCGCCCGAGCACUUGGAUCCAAGAUAUUCGCGACUCCACCAAAGCAACGAAUAUGCGCCUGCUUGGAAGACCCCGAGCUGUCCGCGAUGCUGACCAGCAAUCCUCACGAAGCACAAGUACAUAUGCAAACCCUCUUUGAGAUUCGCGCCGACACACUGGCAGACUACCUUGACGGCUUCAAACCACACUUCUCCCGUGUUGUCGGUUUCCGUCCGACCGGUUGGACCUACCGCCCACCAGCCGGGCGACUAGUGCAAAAUCCACCAGUCUCCACUGUACUACACGGCGAACACUGGAAGUCACCAUUCACCAGCCAAGACCUCACCCCGCAGCGCGGCAGCACGCGAGAAAGUGCCUGCUUUGGCGUGCCCUACAGUGAACACAGUUCGUUCCGCGAGUUGACCAUGUUCUGCUGCGCUUUGCGUAUCGGGCGGGUCAUCCCGACGGUAAAUGUUGGCAGCCAGAAGAGCCGGGAUCAGAUGAAGGUGUGGAUAGAGCGGUGGGAUGCCGAAAAGAAGAAGAACGGGUUGUUCCCUGUAACUGGCGAUCGCUGGUGA